AGGGUCAAUUAUAAAGAACUCGGUCACAUUUCCGCUCAAUGGGAUUCGACUUUUGAGGGCAUCCUGCUGUGCAAGCAAAAGGUAGAUUCACGACGGAAACGUGGUGUUGUAUUUUCGGAGCAUUGGUGCCGUCUGAAAGGGAACAUUCUGGUGCUUUGUAAAACUCCGGAUAGGAGGAGCACAGAACUUGAGGGUGUCAUCUUUCUUGAACGCUUCACCAUAUCCCAUGUUUCUGAAGCGGGUAUUUCACAUGCAUUCCGUAUUGAUUUUGAUGCUGGGGAUUCAUCUCUGGUGUUCGUUGCUAGAUCAGAGACAGAGGCAAACCUCUGGUGCGGGCACUUGAAGGCGGCACCAUUAACUCCAAUAUUGCAGCGUAUUUGCUUGAUCCAGAGUGAAUUGCGCAGUGUCCCAGAUAACGAUCCCCUGGACUUGGGCCAGUCGGCGCUGGAAUUCACUAGUCAAUCGCUAGAUGACGAAGGUAUGUCAGUCUUUUGGAAUGCUGCAGCUUGUCUUUAUUUCUGUCUCUAUCAUCCCCUGUGUUUGUUUUUAGUGCUCGGGACCGCGGAUACUAGUGGCAUUGAACUUAGUUUGGGUUUCAAGGACUUCGACACCACUGGCUGUAAACAUCCAACGAACAUCUUCGUCGUUGUAUCUUCGCAUUCACCAUCGGAACCCAACGGAAGGCGUGUGGGCGCCACAGAGAUAAUUGAAAAUUGCUCUAGUUCUACCUUUCUGAAAACAGUAUACCUACGUUCAAACAAUGCCUCAGGGACCACCUCAAUUGAUUUCGAGAUAUUUGACGUCCGGGACGUCAAAUCGAAUCUUUACGUGAGAUUCGGCGUGGCUCACACUAUCGUCGAGAAACUUUUGUCUGCUUCUUCACUCGAACUGCGAAUAUGUGAUCCCGUCAGCGGCAAACCCUUUGCUGCCUCCCCCACUGGUUUCUCGCCUGUGCUCACCGUGGAGGCUCGUAACCGACGAGCAGAAGGACUGUGCAGUCCAAAACUUACCGCGGAAUGCAGCGGCCUGGAAUUUAUAACCGCUAAUCUCCUGUCAAAACGUUAUGUGUUCCAUAACGUCUUGGGUGAACGCAUGAACGUGACUGAGUUUAUGGGGGAGUCGAAGAUUUGUUUCGAUUUUCCCAUUGAAUAUCUAAAAUUUAUCAUCCCGCGGGAACAUUUACUUUACGAGUCCUUGUCAAGGACCGGCUCAUCCGAUCCGAGGCUAGAGGGCCUUCGCAAGGAGCGUUUGAUUUCCAUGAAGCAGACUUUGGAACAGUAUGAGGCGUCUCUACGGCAUCUGGUCGAUUGUUCCGGAUCUCGAUUCAAACCUUGUUGGCAGCGAUCUAACGCGCGUUACGAUUUCGUCCCAACCAACCUCCAUGUGAAUCAAAUCGCGCUAACCGACCUUAACGGAGGCGUCGUGUCGUUUCACAACGUGAUUACAGUUGGCGCAUUCUGUAUCGGCUCGCGUUCACACAGAAGCAGUGGUCUGUUCAAGAUGGCCGCGAACACAGCCCUAUCUUCUACGAGCUAUCCGCCUUCCUCCUUGUCCAUCACGGCUCUUGGUUCUCAGUCGCCGAUCGCCGCCGCUGUCUGUCUGUUGGAAUCCCGUCCAGGUGGAAAGGCUAGCCGCCUACUCUACCAGGGGUCAAGAACACUUGCUAUGUUGCGGGGUGACCUGGUGGGGUUAGUGCAACGACUGAGUGCCCGAGAUCAAGCUGAACUCUUGUCUGAGCGAAUACGACGUAUGUUGAUGACAAUGCAGUGCAUCUUUUCGGAUAAUUUGCUAAACGACGCACAGAUUGAUACUCACAUCAAAAUUGAAUCCGGAACCCUGCUACAAUUGCUACGUGAGCUUUCUGUGUUGGAUGCUCUGGGAGGCUCUGAAGCAUCUCGCGCAUUGCUUGAGUCCACUGCUGAUGCGGAGAAGCGCAUUGAUCUUCUGGGAGCCAUACAAAAAGCUGGAGAUUUGGUGAUAGCAUGUUUGGAUAGCGCCUGGGACAGAGGAGCGGAGUUGUUGUGGAACAUAUUGCUCGAAGAUCUCCUUUCGAUCAACAAGCCGAAUAACUUCGGGGACCCAACGCUGACCGAGAGCGACUUAAUCGCAGAAGCCGAGCGCGUUUGUCUGACAAAUAUGGCCGUUAACCUAGACAACGCCCUAACUGCACUUGCAGUUGUCUACGACUCCUUUGCUUAUCGGCAUCAUGCUUGCUUGUGUCAAGCUCUCACUGCACUUUUGACAGCAUUGGCUGCAGCAAUACCUCACUGGAACCGCACACGAUGGGAGCAAGUCGCUGUUUGUGGUCUCUUGGCUCAUUUCGAAGGCUUGCUUAGCUGCUACGGCAGUGAGCUUGGCAUGAUCGAGGAUUGGGCCUGGGCUAUUGAGCAUCUAGCUGACAUUCGGAUUGUGAUACGUCCCUCAAGCAGCCUUGGAGAGCGCACCGGUGACUCCGAGGCAGUGGUGCACCCCGUUGUCCAGAAAGGCGCGGAAUAUGCCUGUGACUCCACCGAUCACACAUUUUCCGAUUUCCCAAUCGCUCGGAUGACGGAUAUGCACGAAUGUGAGCUCGUCAUUCCAUGGUCCGCUUGGACAGGCGCUCCAACUGAAAUCCAGUCACAUGGGCGUGUCCGACUCAGGAUACACUCGGUGUCGUUUCUGGUCGGGAUCAAUGAGCAGCAAACCAUAGCAGAAAAGUUCGAUCGAAUCGGUGUGCAACAGGCUGUGAACAAUCGAGGCCUUAGUUCCCUGGAGCUUUAUUUCGAGCGCUAUACGAAGCACUAUGGUGCACCACCUCGCUCCCCAUCUAAUCACGAUGUGUGUGAUCUGAUAGCCAAUAUUCGUCACUUACUCACUUCCCCUCCGCGUAGCAAACCGGUUGAGUUACUCGAAUUCGCGUCGGAGGCAACUCAAGCACUCGGAGGUCUCCGAUUCACCAGCUGCAAGUCGGCGAAAGACCGCACAUCCAUGUCCUUGACUUUGGAGCAAAUCAGAUGGCUUAAGAACGCUGAGGGUCUAAACGAAAGCUAUGUUCACUCCGCAUUGGAGUGUGUACGCAGGACCGGAUUAAGAAUGGAGAAUUUGUUCAAGAAUACCGGUGGUCGAAAAUACGCAUUUAACCGGCUCCAGCUGCUCUACUUUCCUCGUCUCUAUCGACCACCCCUCGGCACUUAUGGCCUGGGGGUAACCCCUUAACUUACGUGACGGUGCACCCGUUAUUUUCUCUGUUCCAUGCUUUCCUUUACUUCAACGAUCUUUCAGGCAACUGGUACGGUUUGUGGCCUCCACUUGGGCGUUUAUGUUAUUUUCUCGCUUCUAUCCACGCCCCACUAUGACACUUAACACAGCUUAUCUUUUCCAUUGAAUCCAAGCAUUUUGCUCCUCACCCACUCCCUUCUGCGUGUCGACCACACUGUCCUAAGCUGCUCUAAUUUUCAACCAUGGAACGCCUGCACUGUUGCACCCUCAGCUUAAUGAAGUUUCCUGGAAUCGCAUAACACCUCAGGUGCAUUGAACGCGCAGCGUUUCCUCCAUCUCCUGCUGGAUUAGAGGCGAAUGUGGUGUUCACACAUGCCAGUUUACUGGCCUUUUCCCUAAUACCGGACCACUCGUUUGGUGCUUGUAUUCCACUAGGUCCGAAUGGACUACUGAGCAAUGAAUCUGUCUCGCCAAUGUCUCCUUAUCAGCUGCAUGCUGUUUGUGACCCUGCGAUACUUACAAGGUUCAGUUUAAAUAAUUCAGACCUUUUUCUCAAUACAUCCGAGUGCUGCAUUGAAUCUCCUCCUCUCUUUUUCUCCCUUUAUCAGUAAAUUCGUCUCCUC